AUGCGAAAAAGGAAAUCAUCCCAGGGAACAUCACCUGAGUGGAACAAACGUCACAAAGAAAACACACCGCUCGGAUCAGCCACAGCUUCGAUAAUCACUGGUUCCUCCAGCGAGCUUCCAAACCAUAAAGGACCCAGUCUCCGCUCAAAGGGAAAGAGGUCACAGUCUCAGGAACCCGCAUCUAAUGGAAUCCUCGAAUGCCCCUUCUGUCAUGCUCUGGUUUGGGAAAAAGAAAAGAAAGGGACAAGAGGUCCAAACAGGACACCACUAUUCUCAAUAUGCUGUCAACAAGGUAGAGUGAAACUCAAACCAGAGACAGAAGCUCCUCCUGCGUUGAAAUCACUGCUCUUCACCUCCACCCAUUUCCAACAUGAUAUUCGAACUUAUAACUCCAUCCUCGCAUUCACCUCUAUGGGAGCCCAGAUUGAUCACUCUGUAAUGCACAAGACGGGGCCUUUUACUCUAAGAAUCCAUGGUCAAAAUGCCCACAGGAUCGGCUCUUUGGUUCCUCAACCAGGACGACGUCCACAGUUCAGUCAGCUCUACAUUGUUGAUACGGCUAAUGAGGUUCAGAAUAGACUUUCAACUGUCAAGCGCACAGGCAAAACAGGUCAACUGGAUCCUAAUAUUGUGAAACUGCUGAUAGAAACAAUGGACGCUCACAACUGCCUUACUAAGAUAUUCAGAAAAGCAAGAGACAUACAUGAAACUGACAGUUGCCAAGAUUUCAGUAUAAGACUAAUAGGCCAGUCAAAACGUAAUCGUCAGUAUGAUAUGCCUCAAGCGGAUGAGAUAGCAGGCCUUAUCGUUGGUGACUUUACACAGGAUAUGGGCGAGAGAGAUGUAGUUGUCCAACACAAAUCAUCAGGACUGCAGCAUAUAAGUGAUAUGCACCCACUCUUCAUGACUUUGCAAUAUCCAAUUCUGUUCCCGUACGGACAGAUAGGCUUCAACGAGAACAUACCUGUCACGAAUACUGAUGGAAACACAAGGAGAAGGUAA